AUGCAGCUCUGUUUGACACCCGCGCUGAAAAGGCUGAGAACCAGGUAUUGUCCCAAUAUUACGCUCGGCUUUUCUUUUCGUAAACCUUGUCUUCCAAAUACUUCCAUGUGCAACUUUCCCCAGUGCUCCCCGUACCACGCCAUCGGAGAGGAGACGUCUUCUAGAAACAGGGCAGGUAAGGGGUACAAAAACCGGAACGGGCCGAAGGGCCGAAUAGAGACCGCCGUACAUGAGGCCACAUGCAAAAUGGUGAGCGGGACGUUACGGAGUAUUACGGAACCACUUAGCAGAGGAUGUGCUCAUGCCCUCCGAGCUGGGCUCCGCGGGAGGGGUAUGAAAAGCGACUUGUUUACGCAGCCACACUACCGCACCGAAAGACCCUCACGACAGAAAAGAAGCGCUUUUAAUGACGUCCAUCCGCUGCGGGCCAGAACAGCAUAG